GUGAAACGUCAUCACGUUGCUCUUCCUGGUUCGAACCUCUUGCGGGAAAACCAACUUGUUUACAUCUUUAAACGGUUUAUCUCCAACUUAAAGUAUUUGGUGUUCAGGGUUUUUCCACAUGAAAAAAAGUCUUAAUCAAUGCAGGUGUCCCUGAUCUCUGGAGACCCUCUUCAUCAGUGGCUAUGCAGUCACAGGAAACUGAAUCCCCACCAUCAGGCUCAGGGCCAAUUGAAGUUAUCAACUCCGUCCGGGAGCGCACAAUCGCAGAGAACAGCAUGGUGGUCCUGCUGCAAGGCCUGCAGGGAGAGGUGACCACGGUGGACCUGAAGAACGAGAGCACGGCACGGGGAUGCGUGGUCAACGUGGACGCCUUCAUGAACAUACGUCUGAAGGAUGUGCUGUACCGGGACAGACGGGGUCAGCUCACCCAGCUGCAGGACCUGUUUAUCACCGGCAGGAAUGUCCGCUACGUUCACAUCCCAGACCACAUGGAUAUAAUAAAGACCAUGCAGAGCCAGCUGGCCAAGAUCCACCGAGUCCGCAACUUUGCCAGUCACGGAGGAGGCAGAAGAGAGUACGCCAAGAACACAAAAUAACUUUUUUUUUUCAUAGAAGAAUACAAAACUGAGUUGGGUACUGCUUGUGCAAGACUAGUCUAAAAAUACUUUGAGGCAACAGGAAGUUUUUCUUAUUUGAGGACAUGCAUCACACCACGUCAGCUGUUUACACAAAAUGAUUAAAGUGACCAGAAAGGUUACAUAAAAAUACUUUGUGGCUUUUUUUCUUUUCUCUUUUUUUGUUGUGAAAUCCUUAAAAUGAAAUCUUAGAAGAAAAACCCACUUUGGUUGAACUGCUCGCAACUCAUAUGGACACGAAGGCCAUGACUUGUGAGGAGGGGUCACAAGUUGACAUUGAUUAAUUUUAUGGGGUCACAAGCUGAAAAGGUUGGCAGUAAUAGCCUGAACGAUUCUGGAUAUUUGACGCUGUUACCAGAAACACUAAGUGAGAGUUUAAAAAUCUAAUACCAAUCAUUGUCUAAAACUCAUUUUUGUACAUAAACAUAUAACUAGGACAGCAAGUAGCAGUUGUUUUCAUUAUUAAUUAAUCUGUUUAAUAUUGUCUUGUCAAAACGGUAAAACGUUGUCUUUAUACUUUCCCAGAACCCAAUGAUGUCUUUUAAUGUCUUAAGCGUGACUGACAGUCUAAAAUCCAAAUUUACCAUUUGUGAAACCAUAGAACAGCUAAAAAUUACUGAAACGAUUAAUCACACAGUUGCAGAUUCAUUUUAUGUCAAUUGAUGAAUCAUCUAACUGUUGGAGCUCUACACUUGACCUUUGACUUGUGAGCAAGAAAUCUACUGAGUGGGACAUUUUUAAAGUUGAAAAAUAAUCUUGUCAGUUCUCUCUGAUGGACAAACUAUAUAAUGGCGACUCUUUCUAAAAUACCUCAAACACACAGUAUCUUUGUAUUUCUUGUUAUUUAACCAAUAAAGCUGCACAGAUAAAUUGA